AUGGCCUACGAAAAAUCAGCUGAUCUCUUUGACAUCUCCAGGUCCAUGUUCAAGUACCCAUGGCUAGAAUACCCAGAAAGGACCAAAGAACUCAGAAAAGUCACGGCUCCUGUUCACCUGCCCUUGUCCUGCUACCAGAUGCCAAAGGAAGAGUUUCCCCCAAGCCCAGAGUGCUGGAGGCAGCACCCGAGCAAGCCACAUUCAGUGUCUUACUGCUACUUCAAGAAGCCUGAGAUCUACACCCACUGGCACACUCUGUAUGAUCAGCGACAAGAACGGGAUGCCCAGAAAAUGCUGCAGAAAAUGAGAGAUCACCCUAGGCAGCUCAAAGAGGGCAUGCCCAUCCAAAAAUUCCAUCUCCCUAUGAGCAAGUUGACUAUAAAAUCUCGGACAGUAUCCAAGCCCUCAGACUCUACUGGGAACCCCCUGAAGCGGCAAAGAUUAAAGGAACUCACCAAAAGCCUGGAAUCUCCCAGAGAGCAUGAGCAGUUCUAUGCAGCACAGGCUCUGGGAUGCCUGGGCGUCAGUGACAAGUUUGUCAUAGAGGCCCUGCAGCAGGUGGCCCAAACUGGUCCAGAGAAAGUGAAGUAUGAGGCCUGUCGAAGCCUGGCCAUGCUGGGCUGCCUGAGUAAGCACGUGAUCCAGGUUCUCAUCACACAGCCGAAGGGGCAAAAUGAGGGGCAAAGGAUGGAUUCUCUGACAGGGCUACGAGCGGCUCUGAACUCCUGGGCUGCUGUCCCCAAAGACAAGAGGACUCAAGUCGGGGAUGAAGAGAAGUUGGUACCUGUGCUGCAGAUGCUGAUAAAUAAGUCAUCGAAUGAAGCAGCUCUGGAGGCAGCCCUGUGCUUGGGUUUCCUGAGGCCCUGCAGCAACAUAGCCCAAGAGUUCUUGUUGCAGUGCCUGAGCCAAGGGUCCAAAACCCAGCAGAUGAAGGCACUCAGGAUGCUGGUCAAGAUGAUGCAUGUACACACAGCCACAGUCACCAGGGCCAUCCUAGACCAGCUGUGCUAUUCUAGUGUCCUGGAGCACCGCUUUGAAGCCACCCAGAUGCUCAAGACCAUUGGGCUGGAAAAGAUCCAGGCACAAGGGAUGGAGGGAUUCACAUUUGACCUGCUCUGGAGGAAGACGUAUAAUGAACCUUUCCUUGCUAUGAGGCAGGCUGUGGCUGAAACUGUGGAAGAGCUCAAGAUGAAGCCUACGAUGAUGAACUUGGUGGAGGCGCAACUGAUGAACUCAAAUGCCACUGCACGCCAGGAAGCAGUCAUCUCUUUGGGCGUCCUGGGGAUCCGCAACCCACAAGUGUUCCACUUGCUCCUGGACAUGCUAGACACAGAAAAGAGCCAGGCUGUGAAGAAAAGCCUACAAGAAACAUUAACUCUCUUGGCCUCAACUGAUCCCUGGAUCCAAAACAAGCUGAAGAACAAGGUUCUCUUUGUAUAUGAGGCACUUAAGACUAAUGAGGAGGAAGGGCCUACAAGGUUCCGGAAAGAGCCUGAGAACCCAGAAGAGUUAACUAUCCAAGACUUUCAACUUGCACAGCUGAACCCCUUGUUUAUUGCAAAGUCCAGAGCCACAUCAGACCAACAGAAAAAGCUGAGUGCCCAGAGACGCUCUGCCUUCUACCUCACCUCUGCCUUCCCACCCUGUUUCUCUAAACCGAAACACAAGGAACCAGCCACAGGGCCCUGGGUGCCAAGGAUCAGGAAGCAGCUCCAGAUUCUUGCUAAAACCUCCCAAUAG